AUGCUUCGAAGAAUGUCAGAACUGGUUUCGAGUUUUUCUGGCCUUCACAUUGCUUCGGCUGGUUCAAAAUCGGUUGUGACUCCAAGUGAUAAUGCGGACCUUACAAAGGGUGGUAGAAGGAACCAAGCAUUGACAAAACCGAUCACCAUCGAUAGUAAUACAGGAGAGGUACUGGUUAGGAAAACAACAGGUAAAACGAAAGUAAGAAGAGGUCAGAGCGCGGAAGAAUAUAAGGAACAACUUAGACAGUAUUUCUUGGAGGAGAAAGGUCCAACGAGAACUGAGGAAGAUGCCUUGAAGAUGGAAGAUUUUGAUCUGUUGAUUGAAGAUGAGAGUUUUGACUAUGCAUUGAAGCAAGUACGACAGAAAAUGGUCUCUUAUGCUCAGAAAUAUUAUUACGAAAGAGAUUACAUGAAGUGUUUAAAAGUAUCAGAGCCGUUAUUGCAUAAGUUCGAGCCGUUCAAUAAGAAAAACAAGAUACGCAGAGAGUUAGAAGAACUCAGAUACAUGAUCGAAAAGUCAAAAGCAAGGUUGGAAUUGCAACCGUCCCGCUAG